AAUAUCAUUCAGUACAGUUCUUCCCUCUUCUGUACAAUCACAUCUCCCCAGAACCACAAAAAAAAACUCUCCUCGAAAUGCAGAAAAUCAGCCAUCCCUAUAGCUCGUAACCCUAAUACGCGUCCCGUUUCUCACCGCUCGAUCUCCGGCCAUGGACGACGGCCACAUGCCCGGCAUGAACGGGACGGGGACGGGGACGGCGACGCCCCACCACCACAAGAUGAUGAUGACGCACAUGACCUUCUUCUGGGGCACGCAGGCCGAGAUCCUCUUCUCCGGCUGGCCGGGCACCCGGGCCGGCAUGUACGCCCUCGCCCUCGUCCUAGUCUUCGUCCUCUGCGUCCUCGUCGAGUGGCUCUCCCACUGCCACCUCCUCCACCGCGUAAAGCCCCGCGUCGCCGCCGGCGUCCUCCUGUCGCUGCUGCACGCGCUGCGCAUGGGGCUCGCGUACCUGGCCAUGCUGGCGCUCAUGUCCUUCAACGGCGGCGUGUUCCUCGCGGCGGUCGCCGGGCACGCGGUAGGGUUCCUGGCGUUCGCGACGGCGGAGGAGGCGCACCGCCCGCACGGGGAGAAGGCCACCGCAGAUCUACCCUUGAUGAGCUGCUGAUUCGUGACGGGAAUGAGGUGGGUGGUAUGGUAUGAACAUUCGUUUGGUAUACACUGGUUGAAAAUGAUAGUUUUCUUUGCUCUUUCUUUUUUCUUUCUUUCGUUUUAAAGAUGAUGGAAUGAUAUGAUUUACAUCGUUUUGAUGAAGCUGGAGACAAAUUGAAAUAGAGGGCCAUGAGCCCUUCUCUACUGCAGUUCUUGCUGUGUUA